AUGGAGAAGUCAACUCUUGUGGUUGCUUUCUUGCUUCUUGCAUCAUUGUUUCAACCUCUCACAGUUCUGGCCACUUGCCCUGCUGUGAUAAAAGAUAAAUUGCCAGAACUUCUUGGUGUACCAGCAAAAUUGGCUAGGGAAACAAUUCAGAAGGCAAAUCCAACACUAACUAAAGUUGAAAAUGUACAAAAUGGUUCUCCUGUUACACAAGAUUUUAGAUGUGAUCGAGUUCGUCUUUUUAUUAAUAUCUUGGAAAUUGUUGUACAAGUUCCCCGAGUUGGUUAA